AUGGAGAGGGAGCAGGGAGAGGUAAAGGCAGAUCGCCUGGAGGGCCCAGACCCACUCUCUGACUCAGAGAGAGAGAUGAUCAAGGACACCUGGGCCAAAGUCUACCAGAACUGCGAUGAUGUCGGGGUGGCCAUUCUCAUCAGGUAAACUUUACCUAUACUCUCUUUCCCUUGUUUCUUGCCUAUAACAUCUUGAAAUUGUCAGUCUAAAUACACUAAUAAACUUGCCUAGGUGCACACAUUUCCAUUUGGGGAGUUGUGGAGGGCUGGUGACAGAAGAGCUGUAACUUAUUGAAUGCUAACUCUUUCAACACAGCACACACAUAUUGUUCUUGCUGUGUGAGUUUGCUUCUCCUUAUUUAUUACAUUGCAACAUGGCAAUUGCACAUGGCUCCUUAUCUUGCUCAUGGUUGUUUUUACCUAAUCGUGUUGCAAUAGUUGAUUGUAAUAAAUAACAAUGUUCUUGCAACCUAGAUUACAAUCUCUCCAUGACCCUUGCAUGAUCCCCACUAUAGGUGAUGGGAACUAAAAGUUAUUUUAACAAAGUGUGAAGAUUGUAACAUGACAAUUGACUUGACUUGCGCGCUCUCAGUCUGUUAGAGAGUGCGCCAUCACUCAUCUCUGAGCUAUUGCAUCUGAAAUUGGCUCCCUUACUAUCCAUAUUCCUAUCAGUUGGCAGAAGCAGAGGGAAAAGUGUCAAUCCAUCUUGCUGCUUAUUCCAAGCUGACAUAUUUGGCUCUGCAGGUGCUCCCUCCCUGAGGGCAGAUCAUGUUUCACAUAUCUGCAGACCAGGGAUCUCUGACCUAACUCCCUGAACCCUCACAGGGAUGUCUCUGUCUAAUCCCUCAUUGAGCCCCAUGAAGAUGAGUGAUCAGGGACACUCCCUCCAUUCAUCAUUACAUAGUGGACAGGAGGUUAUUAUACUGUAUCAAACCAUUCAAAGGCAGAUAGCUUUGGGUAUACUACCGUACAUGACUUACUGUAUACUUACUGUCUAUAUAUUACAGCAGACAAGCAGCAGCUAACCUCUGUGACCAUUUGUGAUGAGCAAGGCCUUUGGAGUGGUGAGGUUUGCACCAUGAGACAGCAUUGCCCCUCACAAGUCAAUAACUAUGUACCAAGAGAGUUUUCAUCUAUAUUUUUUGUAGCCGUCUAUUUACCACCACAAACCGAUGCUGGCACUAAGACCGCACUCAACGAGCUGUAUAGGGCCAUAAGCAAACAAGAAAAUGCUCAUCCAAAGGCUCCUAGUGGCUGGUGAUUUUGAUGCAGGAAAACUGAAAUCCGUCUUACCUAAUUUCUACCAGCAAUUCUAGAUCACCUUUACCCCACACACAGAAACACAUACAAAGCUCUCCCUCGCCAUCCAUUUGACAAAUCUGACUAUAACUAUAUCCUCCUGAUUCCUGUUUACAAGCAAAAACUCAAACAGGAAGUACUAGUGACACGCUCAAUACAGAAGUGGUCCAAAGAAGCAGAUUUUAAUCUACAGGACUGUUUCGCUAGCACAUACUGGAAUAUGUUCCGGGACUCAUCCGAUGGCAUUGAGGAGUUUAUCACAUUAGUCUCUGGAUUAUAGGCAACAUGCGGACUGAGCUAAAGGCUACAGCUGCCGCUUACAGGACUAAGAUUGAAUCCUACUACACCAGCUCUGAUGCUCGUCGGAUGUGGCAGGGCUUGCAAACUAUCACAGAUUACAAAGGGAAACCCAGCCGCGAACUGCCCAGUGACGCAAGCCCACCAGACGAGCUAAAUGCAUUAAAUGCUCGCUUCGAGGCAAGCAACACUGAACCAUGUGUGAGAGCACCAGCUGUUCCAGAUGACUGUGUGAUCAUGCUCUCCGUAGCCAAUGUGAGUAAGAACUUUAAACAGGUUAACAUUCACAAGGCCGCAAGACGGAUUACCAGGACGCGUACUCAGAGCAAGCUCUGACCAGCUGACAAGUGUCUUCACUGACAUUUUCAACCUCUCCCUGAACCAGUAUGUAAUACCUACAUGUGUCAAGCAGAACACCAUAGUCUCUGUGCACAAGAAUGUCAAGGUAACCUGUGUAAAUGACUAUUGCCCCGUAGCACUCACAUCUGUAGCCAUGAAAUGCUUUGAAAGGCUGGUCAUGGCUCACAACAACACCAUCAUCCCAGACACCCUGGACCCACUCCAAUUCGCAUACCUCCCCAACAGAUCCACAGAUGACGCAAUCUCUAUUGCACUCCACACUGCCCUUUCUCACUUGGAUAAAAGGAACACCUACGUUAGAAUGCUGUUCAUUUACUAUAGCUCAGUAUUCAACACCAUAGUGCCCUCCAAGCUCAUCACUAAGCUAUGGACCCUGGGACUGAACACCUCCCUCUUCAACUGGAUCUGGGACAUCCCCAGGUGGUGAGGGUAGGCAACAACACAUCCGCCACACUGGCUCUCAACACGGGGACCCUCACGGGUGCAUGCUUAGUCCCCUCCUGUACUCCCUGUUCACCCAUGACUGCGUGGCCGUGCACGACUCCAACACCAUCAUUAAGUUUGCGACAACACGACGGUGGUAGGCCUGAUCACCGACGACGAUGAGACAGCCUAUAGGGAGGAGGUCAGAGACCUGGCAGUGUGGUGCCAGGACAACAACCUCUCCCUCAACGUCAGCAAGACAAAGGAGCUGAUAGUGGACUACAGGAAACGGAGGGCAGAGCAUGCCCCCAUUCACAUCAACAGGGCUGUAGUGGAGCGAAUUGAGAGCGUCGAGUUCCUCGGUGUCCACAUCACUAAGGAUCUAUCAUGGUCCAAACAUACAAACACAGUCGUGAAAGGGCACAACAACGCCACUUCCCGCUCAGGAGGCUGAAAAGAUUUGUCAUGGGCCCUCAGAUUCUCAAAAAGUUCUACAACUGCACCAUUGAGAAAAUAUUGACUGGCUGCACACCACUUGUUAUGGCAACUGCUUGGCAUCCGACCACAAGGCACUACAGAGGGUAGUGCGGACAGCCAAGUACAUCACUGGGGCUGAGCUCCCUGCCAUCCAGGACCUCUAUACCAGGCUGUGUCAAAGGAAGGCCCUAGAAAUUGUCAAAGACUCCAGCCACCGAAGUCAUAGACUGUUCUCUCUGCUACCGCACGGCAAGAGGUACCAAUGAACCAAGUCUGGAACCAGCAGGACCCUGAACAGCUUGUACACCAAGCCAUAAGACUGCUAAAUAGUUAGCUAAAUAGUUAACCAAAUAGCUACCCGGACUAUCUGCAUAGACCCAUUUUGCACUAAAAAAAUUUUAGUCAUCACAUACGCUGCUGCUACUGUUUACUAUCACUUUACUGUCACUUUAUUCCUAGUUAAUGUACAUAUCUACCUCAAUUACCUCAUAUCCCUGCACAUCGACUUGGUACUGGUACACCUUCUAUAUAGCUAAGUAAAUGUGAAUUAUUAUGUGGAUUAUAAUGGAAAUUGUUGUAGGGAUUUAUACAAAUUUUCAUAAGGGAAAAUGAAGUAUGAAAUUUCAAAGUGGAAAUUACAAACUUCAGAACCUCAAUACACUACAAUUUAAAAAUGUCCUGCAUUGCAGUAAAGUUCUCCUGGACCAGGGUGAUCAAAUUAAGAUCUUACACCUGUAGGAGUUGAAAGAAAGGUUGACAAAGAAUAUCAUAUGAAGAUACGUGCUCUGUCACAGACUGAUGUGUGUCAGUGUCUUAGUGCAAUGUUGCAAUUUAGAUGUGUCAAAGAUCAGAGUACUGUACCAGCUUUGAAAACUGUAGAAUAACUAUAACUAAGCCACCACUUCAGACACAGUACAGAUGUAGUAGGAUCUUAAUUGUAUCACCCUGUUGCAGGAUAGCUCUCCUGCAAUGCAGGAAAUGUAAAACUUGUAGUGUGUAUUUGAGGUUAAAAAGGCUUCUGAAGUUUGUAAUUUCCACUUUGAAAUUUUAGACUUGAUUUUCCUUUACGAAAAAUGUAUUAAACCCUACAAAAAUGUUAAUUAAUUAUAAUCCUCAUAAUAAUUCACAUUUCCUGUUUCUGCAGGAUUAUUUUCCUACUGUAGAAAACUGGUUCAAAGGAAGAUCCUACAUCUGUACCAUAUGAAAAAAAAACAUUUUCAGUAUACGUUGGAAGUUUCUAAAUUACUCCUGGAAACAAUAUGAUUACCUAAAUUAUAUGGUAUUAUACCUGAAGGCAAAUUCGCACUGCGUGACCUAAGAAUGUCCCUUUUUCUAGGACUUCAGGGCAUCUCUUAAACACAGGUCUUAUGACAGCUUGAUUAGAUGUCCUCUUCUUCCCUCCAUUCACAUCCUCUACAGUCUGUAGAUCCUCAGCCAGGAAUCCCAAGAAUGAGGGGUAAUCGAUAGAGCCAAGUUAAAUUAUCCACUUGACUCCGAAAGAGCAGUUCCUAUAUUUUCAGUACAGUUAACCUCCGUAGUCUAUCCCAGCCUCUGUCUGCUUCCCUUCUGUUUUGAUGUUAAGAACAUGAUUAUCAAAAGGACAUAAUCUUGGUCAUAAAUUGCAAUGCUUUCAUUUCAUGCAAUACUUGAAUACCGGUACUUAAAACAUCUUAAGCCUCAAAUUGCUCUGAGGCAUUCCAAAUGCCCGUAGUAUUAUAUGGUGACAUGGAGCACUUACAGGGAGCAAACUUUAGCUGUUAAGGGGUCUUUGAAUCAUUGGAAUCUUUGGAGAUUUGAAGGCAUGUUCAGGUAUAAUCUCAAACCUCAACUUCUCUCUCUCUCUGUCAGUUUAAUACUAAAAGCUAUGCUUGGUUCAUUUAGUCCUUUGUCUCCCGAGUGGCGCAGUGGUCUAAGGCACUGCAUCGCAGUGCUAGCUGUGCCACUAGAGAUCCUGGUUUGAAUCCAGGCUCUGUCGUAGCCGGCCGCGACCGGGAGACCCAUGGGGCGGCGCACAAUUGGCCCAGCGUCGUCUAGGGGAGGGAAUGGCCGGCAGGGAUGUAGCUCAGUUGGUAGAGCAUGGCGUUUGCAACGCCAGGGUUGUGGGUUCGAUUCCCAUGGGGGGCCAGUAUGAGAAAAAAAUAAUGUAUGGACUCACUAACUGUAAGUCACUCUGGAUAAGAGCGUCUGCUAAAUGACUAAAAUGUAAAUGUAAAUAACUAAAAUAUCCAAUGCAAAAUACCAAUAGCUCUCUGAAAAGUAUUGUAUCGGUGAUGCAUCUCAUUGUAACAAAAUCCAGGGUAUCCAUAGGUAUUUGCAUUUAUCAAAUACCUAUUCAAUUUCCACUCAGGGCAAGUAUGUAACUUUCAUAAUAACCAUGAAACUAUCUCAGAAAUGAGCCCUAUCCCAGAGUAGGAUCAACAGGCUGAUGAUAUAAAACACUAAUGAGGCUAUUUAUAUGCAGCCACCACAGGUCAUGGGAGAGAUUAAACACCACUGUCUUAACUACUUAUGAGUGAAACAGACGAUCUGGCUUUACAAUUGAAUGUCAUUGAAUUAGCACAUGCAUAGACCCUCCACUUUAAGCAGAAGAGAAUGAGACACCCCCUCCUCUGUCUUCCUUCUCUGAUUCCUCCCAACACUUGAUUUCACAGGUGAAGAUAGUGGAAGCAAUGUGCUUUCAUCGAAACACAAUGCCUUCCCCAUAGGGCAUCCCUUUUCUGUUAUGGGUUUUAAAAGGAUAGAGGUAUGGGACAUCUGGAACAGAUACACACAGACAGCUGUAUUGUAUCUGUCCUGGUCACUGUAGGCUGUUGCUUAUUGCUCAAUACUACUCUCUUUCACAAUGUGGUCUCUGGUGGUCAAACCAGUUUAUUCCACAAAGAAAACCUAUAUCAUCAUUGGAGGUAUUCUGUUUUUAAAUGAUAUAGAAUUAGAUGGGUGGUAAGUAAGGUAUAUGUCUUAUUCUAAUACAUUGUUUGGGUGUUUACAAGAGCUGAUAGGAAUACACAAAUACUGUAGCACACCAAUGUUGAACAUGAGUGUGGGUGUAGGUGCAUCCGUCCAAACCAACCAUAUGGUAUAUCCCUAUGAUGUAGAGCUAAUUGUCUCCAACCUCGACUGUAACACAGUGAGAGGGAAGCAGCAGAUGAAGUCACUGCUGCCUGAGUACACACAGCCAUUCUGACCGUUUAUUUCAGUGUGUAAUUACACGAGCAACCAACUAACCAUCUCAAGCUCAUUAGCGCACUUCACUGUUGGUCCGCUCAUACGGCCAGACAUGGAGAUGAUGAAAGGCAGUGUGAGGGAACAUGUUGUUGUAACCUCUCCAGUUAACUGAUAAUAAAGAGUGAUUCAUUUAAUAUUGACUUCAGGUGUCCCUGCUGUUGAAUUUCCACCACAGCAGCUUUGUGAGUUUUAGGGGAGCGCUGUGCAGCUUGUAUCCAGUCACUGUCAGGCACUGAGACCAGACAUCGGGGACCACAUUGGAAACAAGUGGAAUCGCUAUACCGUGUUAUCGCCUGGGUUGUACUCAGUGGAUCUUCCAAAUAAAUUAAUCACCGGGACCAACAGAUCUCCUAGACUCAGGAGAACAUAGCGGUAGCCACUGAUAUGCCAGGAUGUACACAGACCUGAUGACAGGCUGGGUGUCAUACUGAAUGGAUUCUUACCAAUGCCUUGCUCUACAUUGUGGUACAUUAUAUAAUUGUGCUAUUUAUUAUUAUUUUUAUUUAUUUUUUACAUCACUCUGUUUGUUUUUGCUAACUGACCAACAUUUCUUCUGCCUUAUCAGCUGGAAGAAAUGUACAGUUGAAGUCGGAAGUUUACAUACACUUAGGUUGGAGUCAUUAAAACUUGUUUUUCAACCACUCCACAAAUUUCUUGUUAACAAACUAUAGUUUUGGCAAGUCGGUUAGGACAUCUACUUUGUGCAUGACACAAGUAAUUUUUCCAGCAAUUGUUUACAGACAGAUUAUUUCACUUAUAAUUGUCACGAUCGUUGAUGAACGGGUCAGACCAAGGCGCAGCGUGAUAUGCAUACAUGUUUAUUUGACUAUUAAACACAACGACAAAACAAGAAACGAAACGUGAAGUCCAAGGUACACAAACAACAUACCUAACACGGAACAAGAUCCCACAACCCACUAGUGCCAAUAGGCUGCCUAAGUAUGGUCCCCAAUCAGAGACAACGAGCUACAGCUGCCUCUGAUUGGGAACCACACCGGCCAACAUAGAAAUACACAUAAUAGAACACCAACAUAGAAAUACCCAACAUAGAACAUACACACCCUGACUCAACAUUUAAGCGUCCCCUGCGUCAGGGCGUGACAAUAAUUCACUGUAUCACAAUUCCAGUGGGUCAGAAGUGCACAUACACUAAGUUGACUGUGCCUUUAAGCAGCUUGGAAAAUUCCAGAAAAUGAUGUCAUGGCUUUAGAAGCUCCUGAUAGGCUAAUUGACAUCAUUUCAGUCAAUUGGAGGUGUACCUGUGGAUGUAUUUCAAGGCUUACCUUCAAACUCAGUGCCUCUUUGCUUGACAUCAUGGAAAAAUCAAAAUAAAUCAGCCAAGACCUCAGAAAAAAAGAUGGGAGACCUCCACAAGUCUGGUUCAUCCUUUGGAGCAAUUUCCAAAUGCCUGAAGGUACCACAUUCAUCUGUACAAACAAUAGUACGCAAGUAUAAACACCAUGGGACCACGCAGCCGUCAUACCGCUCAGGAAGGAGAUGCGUUCUGUCUCCUAAAGAUUAACGUACUUUGGUGCGAAAAGUGCAAAUCAAUCCCAGAACAACAGCAAAGGACCUUGUGAAGAUGCUGGAGGAAACAGGUACAAAGGUAUCUAUAUCCACAGUAAAACGAGUUCUAUAUCGACAUAACCUGAAAGGCCGCUCAGCAAGGAAGAAGCCACUGCUCCAAAACCGCCAUAAAAAAGCCUGACUACGGUUUUCAACUGCACAUGGGGACAAAGAUCGUACUUUUUGGAGAAAUGUCCUCUGGUCUCAUGAAACAAAAAUAUAACUGUUUGGCCAUGAUGACCAUCGUUAUGUUUGUAGGAAAAAGGGGGUUGCUUGCAAGCCGAAGAACACCAUCCCAACCGUGAAGCACGGGGGUGGCAGCAUCAUGCUGUGGGGGUACUUUGCUGCAGGAGGGACUGGUGCACUUCACAAAAUAGAUGGCAUCAUGAGGAAGGAAAAUUAUGUGGAUAUAUUGAAGCAACAUCUCAAGACAUCAGUCAGGAAGUUAAAGCUUGGUCACAAAUGGGUCUUCAAAAUGGACAAUGACCCCAAACAUACUUCCAAAGUUGUGGCAAAAUGGCUUAAGGACACCAACGUCAAGGUAUUGGAGUGGCCAUCACAAAGCCCUGACCUCAAUCCUAUAGAAAAUUUGUGGGCAGAACUGAAAAAGCGUGUGUGAGCAAGGAGGCCUACAAACCUGACUCAGUUACACCAGCUCUGUCAGGAGGAAUGGGCCAAAAUUCACCCAACUUAUUGUGGGAAGCUUGUGGAAGGCUACCUGAAACGUUUGACCCAAGUUAAACAAUUUAAAGGCAAUGCUACCAAAUAUUAACUGAGAGUAUGUAAACUUCUGACCCACUGGGAAUGUGAUGAAAGAAAUAAAAGCUGAAAUAAAUCAUUCUCUACAAUUAUUCUGACAUUUCACAUUUUAAAAAUAAAGUGGUGAUCCUAACUGACCUAAGACAGGUUAUUGUUACUAGGAUUAAAUGUCAGGAAUUGUGAAAAACUGAGUUUAAAUGUAUUUGGUUAAGGUGUAUGUUUUUACAAACACAGUUAUAUUGUAUUUGAAUAGCACAUGCUUGUGCUCAGGCCAUGGUUGAGUAAAUGAAGCAUAACCUGUACAGAACCUGGAAAGUGGUUAAACAUUAAAAGGGCAGUCAUGCUCUGCAUCUGUCUCAACACGCUCCAAUUAUGUUUACUUAUAAUAUCUCACUGGGCCAAGUAAUGCACCUGGAGUUGAGGGAUAGCUAGCCAGCUCUGGUGGAGGGCUGAAGGGCAAUGAGAUUAGGUGAGUAGCUGUUCAAACUCUGGUCUCCCACACUCCUCCUCUCCUCUACAGGCUCUUUGUGAACUUCCCCUCCUCCAAGCAGUACUUCAGCCAGUUCCAACAGGUGGAGGACCCUGAGGAGCUGGAGAGGAGUGCCCAGCUCAGGAAGCACGCACGCAGGGUGAUGAACGCCAUCAACACCCUGGUGGAGAACCUCCAUGACGGGGACAAGUUGGUGUCUGUGCUGAAGCUGGUGGGCAAGGCCCAUGCACUCAGACACAAGGUGGAGCCUGUCUACUUCAAGGUGAGGAAGAACCGGGCAACAUGUUUUCACAUAACUAGCCACCAUUAUCCACAGGCACACCAAAGCAAAUGUAUCACUCAUUCCAUUUCCCUAUCUCUCUCUUCCCAGAUCCUGUGUGGGGUGAUUCUGGAGGUGCUGGGUGAAGACUUUCAAGAUUACAUCACUCCAGAGGUGGCAGGGGCAUGGACCAAACUGCUGGAUGCAGUCUACUGGCACGUGACAGGCGUGUAUGAGGAAGUGGGUUGGGCCUCCAGUUCUGCU